AUGGGUUGCUUUGUGAGUAAAGAUAAACUGACCAAAGAAGAUAUGGAUUUCUUGAAAACUCACACGUCCUAUGAUGAGACAACCAUCAAGGAGUGGUACAAGGGUUUCAAGCAAGACUGCCCGAAUGGCAGGCUGACACCUGCAAAAUUCGUAGACAUGUAUAAGAUGUUCUUCCCAUCCGGUAAUGCUGUAGAGUUCUGUGACCAUGUGUUCCGCACCUUCGAUAUGGACAAGAACGGAUACAUUGACUUCAAGGAGUUUCUGCAGGCCAUCCACGUCACGUCAAGUGGCACUCCUGAAGAAAAGCUGAAGUGGGCCUUCCGCAUGUACGAUGUUGAUGGCAAUGGAGUCAUUGACAUUCAGGAGAUGACGAAAAUCGUGCAGGCUAUCUACGAUAUGUUGGGUGCUUGCUCUAGCAACCGGCCAGCUGAUUCUGCUGAAGAGCGCGCCAAGAAUAUCUUCGCUAAGAUGGAUGAAAACAACGACGGUCAACUGACGCAGGACGAGUUCCUGAAGGGCUGUCUGCAGGAUGAGGAGCUUUCAAAAAUGCUGGCGCCUUAA